GAACAGCUGAUCAGCUUGACAAUUUUCGCCGAUUUUUUUUUUCGUUGAAGAAUUUGAUUUGAUUUAAAUUUUUUCAUUUUCUUCCAACAAAAAUAAUGGAUAAAGAAACAAGAUGUCCAAAUUGUGGUACAACCAAAUAUGCCAAUGUCAAUCUACGUAUGAUGGUAAAUGUUUGUGGCCAUUCACUGUGUGAAUCAUGUGUUGAAUUGUUGUUCGUCAAAGGAGCGGCUAAAUGUCCAACUUGUCAAGUAUUAUUGAAACGUGUUCAAUUUCGAAUUCAACUUUAUGAUGAUGAAACGGUGGAAAAAGAUCUUGAAAUUCGUCGUCGUUUAAUCAAAGAUUUAAGUCUAAAAGAAGAUGAUUUUGAAACACUUAGAGAAUAUAAUGAUUAUCUUGAAUUAUUUGAAACAUUUGUCUAUAAUUUAGCCAAUAAUAUCGAUGUAACGGAAACAAAUCGUCUGAUAGAACAAUUUAAAUCGGAUAAUGCUGCGAAAUUGGCUAAAAGUAGAAAUAAAAUUUCCAAAGAUAUGGAACUGAUACAACAAUUACUUGAAGAAGAAUUAAUGGAACAAGGUAAUCGUUCAAUGAUGUCGGUGGAUAACGAUGAUGAUAUGAAUCUUGCUGCGAAAAAAGUAGCACAAUAUAAAGAAAAUUUAUUGGAUGCAUUAGUUCAUUCGGAUAUGCCUGCAGAAAUAAUAUUGCGUACACAUCAAAAACAAGCAGAAAAUGAAUUGGCCGCAAUCGAUGAAAUGGAACAAAAACGACAACAAGACGCAUUACGUAUGAAACGACAACAAAUGAAUAAACAAAAAAUCAUCACAUCAACCGGUGUUCGUUUAGGACAGAAUGCGAAAAUUGUAUUCGAUAAAGAAUUCAAUGAAAUUCAAGGUGAACGUUUUGUUUACACGCCAAUUAAAAUGCCAAAUGCUGGUCCACAAUGUCCAACACCGGGAACAAUCGAACGGAAACAAUAUAUGCAACAUGUCCGAAUGGCUGGACCAUCAGAAUUGGCUGCUGGUUUUUUUCCCAUCUAUCCAUGUCAACGUGCACUACAAGAAGCUAUUAUGGAUCUGACAUUUAUACCACGUACAAUGGAAUCUAAUUAACAUCUGUGAUCAAAAUUUUUUUUAUUUAAUUUUUUUUCAUCAUUAUAAUUUUAUACAAACAAUUUGCUGGAAAGCAUUGUAAAACGGCCAUAGAAAAUGAUUAACUAGGUGGUAAAAAAAUAAAAUAAAAAAUUUUCCUAGUUGA